GCCCAUCACAAAUCUAACCGUCUACGUAUCUCUUAUUUGCACUCUGCCGUUGAAAAGGGCGUUGAACUCUAUUAUCCAUGAUGAAUUCCAGCAAGAUCUCGGAUCUCAAUAAUAACGAUGGCGAUAAUGAUCCAUUCCGUUCUUUGAAAAGUUUGUGUUUGGAUGCAUACUCUACCGAAUCGAUCAUCUUCCCUGCCAGUUGGAAAGCAUUUUCCGAGAUCGAAAUCGAAGGAAUUGAGCUAGCCACACGAUCAAACGACAGAUUGUGUGUAACAUGGAAGGGAACGUCCUCAUCAUCUUCGUCAUCAUCCUCAGCAUUUCCAUUGAUAUGGCUUCGAGACAACUGUCGAUGUCCGGAGUGUUUCAAUCCUGCCACGUUGAGCCGCAUCGCUCCACUUAAGAAUAUAAAUGGCAACAGCAUCAAACCCGAGAAAGUAUCGUUGACGGACGACAAAAAGUUUCUUAUAAUGUAUUGGGGAGACGGUCACGUGAGCCAUUAUCCGGCAAGGUGGUUACGAUGUAACGCCUUCUCCGAGUCCGAACCCGACCCGCUAGCCGACAUCCAACUCCAAUUAUGGGACGCGUCGACGUGCCGUGAUCGUAUGCGAAAGUUUGACUUCGACGACGUCCUGUCCGACGACCGCAUUUUAUACGAAAUGUUCCUUGAAGUAAAGGUGCUUGGUAUAGCGUUGGUUGAGAAUACACCUCUCAUGACAGGACAGCUCAACAAGUUGGCUGAUAAAGUUGGGUUUCUCUUUCCAACCAAAUACGGCGAAACCUUCCAGGUCCGAAGCAAAGAAAACCCGAGCAAUGGAGCCUAUCACACUGGUGAUCUACCUCUUCAUACAGACUCCGCUUCUUACAACACACAGCCUGGGAUUCAGAUGUUGCACUGCAUAAAGCAAGCAGCACAUGGAGGCGGUAACCCCCUCGUUGACGGGUUUAAGGUAGCCAGCGACCUUCGAACGACCUCACCUGACUCUUACGAUGUCCUCACGAAGCAAAUCCUAGAGUUUUACGAUCGUGGCACGGAUACAUUAGGAGAGUUCUACUAUCACGCAAAGCAUUAUGUGUUAAGAUUGAAUGAGAAAAACGAGGUUGACAGAAUUUCAUUCAGCGAUCACGGACGGAGCGCAAUGAACCGGAUGCAGGUUGAUGACGUCAUGAAGACAUACAAAGCCUUGUCGUCAUUCACCGCUCUCCUUUAUGCUCCUGAAAACGUCUUCGAGUACAAAAUGAAAGAUGGAGACAUGUUGAUCAUGGAUAACUACCGAGUUCUUCACGGACGGAAAUCAUUCACCGUAAGCCCAGGUUCAGCUCGGCAUCUUGAAGGGGGCUACUUUGAUUGGGAUACUGUCAUGUCAAAACUUCGGAUACUCAAGAAUAAUUUAGAGGAACCAUAGUUCUUCAUUUGCGAAAUUCGAACAGGUUGUGUCGGUGCAAGAACGCUAUUGACACCAUAAUUUCGCGCAUCGCAGGGGGGACGCCCUUCUUAAAUCCCCCAUUCCACAGAGAACAAGACCGCUGAAAGACCUUUGAAAGACCGUGAAUUUUGGUUGAUCUUUCAGAGG